AGUUGCGUACGGACUGCGUAGGUAAUUCAUCUUCUCAUUUCUUCCUUGUAAACAUCGUUUUUGUAGCCGCGUGCAUUACUUUAUCUACUAACGCUAAGAAACGGAGUGUGCAUUACAUGAUCUACUAGCGCUAAGAAACGGACCGUUUAUUGGUCCCAAUGAUUUCAGCGGGUUGAGUGGGUCAUCGGGCGACGCCAAGAUGAACACGACAAACACUCCCGUAUCUGAGAUAAUCAAGAGCAAGGAGGUCGAUGAGCCGAAGAAGCAGUCUCGGGAGGACUGGCGAAAAGCAAAGGAGCUCGAAGAAGCCAGAAAAGCUGGCACAGCACCGGCUGCAGUUGAUGAGGAGGGAAAGGACAUCAACCCUCACAUCCCGCAGUAUAUAUCGUCGGCACCUUGGUAUUUUGGCGCCAAGGGCCCAACCCUAAAGCACCAGCGACCACAACCCGAGAAGCAGAGAGAGUUUUCCCAGAUAAAUGACUACUACUCACGUGGCGAAUUUGAAGGGAGAGCGUCCAAGUAUCGCAAAGGCGCUUGUGAAAACUGUGGAGCAUUGACGCACAAGAAGAAAGACUGCUUGGAGAGACCGCGUAAAGUGGGUGCAAAGUUCACAAAUGACGACAUUGCACCUGACGAAAAAGAUCUCCCCAGCCUAAAGUUGGACUACGAUGGAAAGCGCGACAGGUGGAAUGGAUUCGACCCUGCCUGUUACCACGGUGUCAUAGAAGAGUACAGGAAAGUGGAAGAGGCCAAGCGGCAGCUGAAGGAAGACAGGCUUAAGCACGACAUCAUGAGCUUGGAAACUACAAGAGAGAGGGACGACAGCGAGGACGAAGUGGAUGGUGACGAAGACAAGUAUGCCGACAAUGCAGACAUGCCCGGCACAAAGGUGGACAGCAAGCAGCGCAUCACAGUGCGCAACCUUCGUAUCCGUGAAGACGUGGCCAAGUACCUGAGAAACUUGGACCCCAAUUCUGCAUACUAUGACCCCAAGACACGUUCGAUGAGGGACAACCCCUACAAGAACUCCAACAAGACCCCCGAAGAAUUGCAUUUUGCAGGAGAUAACUUUGUUCGCUACAGUGGUGACACUCAGAAGAUAGCAGAAGCCCAAUUGUUUGCGUGGCAAGCGUACGAAAAGGGUGUGGACGUGCACCUGCAAGCGGAGCCCACAAAGGCCGAACUCCUCAACAAGGAGUUCCUCUCCAAGGAGGACGAGUUCCGACUCUCCAUGAAGGACAGCAUCCUGGAAAGAUACGGCGGGGAAGAGCACCUCCAGGUGCCUCCCAAGGAACUCAUCUUUGCUCAGACGGAGGACUACGUGGAAUACUCGAGGCAUGGCGAGGUGAUUCGUGGGGGCGAGAAACCCAUCAUACGAUCCAAGUAUGAGGAGCAUGUGCUGAUCAACAACCACACUUCAGUCUGGGGUUCAUUUUGGAAGGACUUCCAGUGGGGGUACAAGUGCUGCCACUCCUUCAUCAAGAACUCUUACUGCACGGGUGCCAGUGGAAAGGACAUCCAGCUGAUGUCUGGCAGCUCCUUGCUGAUGCCUGCAACGACAGCGGGAGGUCCCCCGGCAGGGAAUCCUGAAGGCGGCGGAGGUGCAGUGGAGGACACUAAAGAGGAGGAGACUGACGGAAGGGGGGCCUCGACGUCUUCCUUGGCAGUGGUGCAGAAGGAGAUUGUGUCUGCAACUGAAGGCGAAUUUGUGGAGAAAACAAGUGACAAGAAGAGGAAAAAGAAGAAGAAGGAGAAGAAGAAGAGGAAGAGGGCAGAGAAGAAGGAGAGGGCCAAGAAGGCAUCGAGCAGUUCGGACAGUGAGGACACUGAUGAGAAAACGGCCAAGGAGAGGCAGGAAAAGAUCAAAAAGGCUAUGGAGGAGUUUGAUCAGGACCAGAAGCAAGAGACGGACGAACGGAAGCGCAAAUACAACAGCAUGUACGAGAUCAAGGCACCUACUGAGGAGGAGAUGGAGGCAUAUUUCCUAAAGCGAAAGCGGGACGACGACCCCAUGGCUUCCUUCCUUCCAUAGUGACCUGGUCGUUUCUAAGUGGACAUUGAAUGAAAAAAAAAAUGUAAAUAGAAUUUCUUGAGUCUGUUCUUCAAAUGGCAGAUGUCUACCAGUGUACUAUUUCACUCACACUUCGUUGCACAUUAAAAAAAAAAUUUACUGCACUAGGUGCAGUGAUGCUCAUAAGGCUUCAUCUGCAUUUUGCUGUUCAUCUUUUGUUUUAUGCGCUCAGAGUUCACAUGAAUUUGACUGUAGACUCUUUGGCCCUUGAUAUAUCGAACCCAUGAAGACAGGGGUCAUGUUUCAAAUGUGUAUGGAAUGCACAUUGUGUGAAGUGUGCCAUCUGAUGUAAACAAGUUGGAAAUAAACAUUAAAAUGUUUUAA